AUGUUACUACACUCCACUCCUUUUAACGUCACUCCCUUUCAAAUUAUUGUGGUCCCUCCCGCUGAGGAUGAGCAGCCGGACUACCUCGUAUUCAACUCUGUCCAGCUACCGGAACGCAACCUCUCAACACCUCCCGACUUUGCUUCACUCGAUGAUGCCCUUUCUCGUCUGCAUGGUGAAGCCAACGCCGCCGUCCUCGAUUCCUCUGUCCCGAAAUCCGUCCUCCCUCUCACGCGCAGUGAACCCGCGGUUGGAGAAAUAGCGCGCGACGAUUCGGAGAUUGUUGAAGUGGUCAAGGUCCGGCGAGUAUAUCAGGAGGCAGGCGCGAUUAAUGCAACAGAGGGUAUGCCUAAACCCAAAUCGCUACGUUCUCGUGCUGGAAGUGCAUUUCGUUCAAUAAAGAACCUCGCUCGUCGCACUCCCAACAAUAAACCGUACGCAAAGGAGGUUUUCGCUUCCAGCCAGAGCACCCAAGCGACCUUCGAAACGGCACACUCAACGGAGACACCCCCCACUCGCCGUGGAUCUAUCAUCUUCACCGAUCUCUUUCGUAUUCCAUCCAGAGCCUCGUCUACUUCCUAUGAGCCAGCACCAGUAGAGCCAUACCAUCCCGACGCCAUUCCUCAUCAGACAUCUUCCAGUUUCACCAACAUCCGACGUCGCCUUUCUACACUCAGUCUGUCACGGACACCACCAAUGAGUAGAAGCUCGAGCUCCACUGUCACAUCAUCGGUUCCCCAAACACCCACCGACGAAACCGAUUUGCAUCCACAGCAACUGAGUACCAAAGAUGAUGGUGAUGAAGGCGAGAUGAGACUCGAUUCAUUGCAUUUCGAGGCUCUUUCUUUCGACGCGGACCAGUUUUGA